CUCGCUGACUUGCCGUCUCCAGCCUCUCUGAUCUGUGGCCUAUUACUUCCCUGCGGUGUGAGCGGAGCUCUGCUUCUGCUCCCAGGCGAGCUGGUUUUCGGACCGUUUCUUGGUGAUUCUGCCUGAUUUGGGGUGGAUCUGACUGGUUUAUUCGUUGCUGGGUUGUUUUUUUGAGUUCAUACGGCGCUGAGAUUUGCGGGUGCAUUUCUGGUCGGAGGUGAGGUGGUGGCUGCAGUGUGUGACCUACUGCACUGUGCCAAAGCCUUCUUCAAUUUGCUAGAGCAAAACAUAUGUCGGAUACCUGUUGGUUAAUUGAUUGUUUUAUUGCCUCGUUACGUUCAUGUCUGAACAAUCCUUGUGAAUCCACAAGGGUCAGCUGUGCCUGGUUGGUUUAUUGUUAGGGGAAAGGAGCUGAUUUGGACAGUGAGCUCGCAACACUGCAGCUCUGUUGGAUUUAAGUAAAUUCAUGUAGCAGAGAUUUGCAUGCAAGUUAGUUUGUUCACGAUUUGUUUCAAGAAAACAAUUCGUCUUACAUAUAACUAUUGUAUAGAAUUUUAUGCAAACUGGAGGUGGGAAGAACUAUUGACCAUAAUAUGCAGCGCUAGUUCACUAGUGGGCCUAUAGGUAAAACUAAAGUAAUCACGAUUAACUUGUCUCAGGCUCUCAACAUAUAGUUUGAUUGCUCAAAAAUUUAUUGCGGUUGUGAAGAGAUGCAGAUGUGGUUGCAUGAAGGAUCAGAAUUUCGGAGGGAGCUACCGAGUUGAUGCAUGGCACUGAUGCAAAAUAUUUCUAGCUACCUUACUAUCUUAGAUGUGCAUGGCUAGGUUACACAUCUCAGAUAAUCAGUUUGUGUGGAUUUAAGGGGCUAAUAGCUGCACAAUGGCUAACUUAGUUUCCUUUUUCUUGAAUAUGGUGGAAGGUCGAUUACUCGAUUCUAUUAUGUUUUCAUGUAAGGUCGUUCCAUAUUAGGGAGACUGCAUUGGUUUGAAAUCUCAUAUUACUUUUUCUUGGGACUGACCCGUGUUUAUAUUUGGACAGUAUGAACUGAAAAACAAGAAUUGAGAAUUUCCAUGAGAUGAGACAAAAUGGCACGAUAAUGAUUCAAUUUGGUCAUCAAAUGCCUGAUUACGACUCCCCAGCUACCCAAUCAACUAGCGAGAGUCAUCAAGAAGUGUCUGGAAUGAGCGAAGGAAGCCUUAACGAGCAUAAUGAUCAAUCAGGUAAUCAUGAUGGUUACUCGAAGAGUGAUGAAAAUAAGAUGAUGUCAGCUUUAUCUCUUGGCAAUCCAGAAACAGCUUAUGCAUAUCCAAAACCUGACCGUACUCAGUCCUUUGCUAUAUCAUACCCAUAUGCCGAUCCAUACUAUGGUGGUGCAGUGGCAGCUUAUGGGCCACAUGCUAUUCAGAUGCACCCUCAGCUUGUGGGCAUGGUGCCGUCCUCUCGUGUGCCAUUACCAAUCGAACCAGCUGCUGAAGAGCCCAUUUAUGUAAACGCAAAGCAAUACCAUGCAAUUCUCCGAAGGAGACAGCUCCGUGCAAAACUAGAGGCUGAAAACAAGCUGGUGAAAAGUCGCAAGCCAUACCUUCACGAGUCUCGGCACCAGCAUGCCAUGAAGAGGGCUCGUGGAACAGGCGGGCGGUUCCUGAACACAAAGCAGCAGGCAGAGGGCCCCGGCGGCGGCAGCUCGGACGCGCAGCGCAACGGCGGCCUGUUCACGAAGCACGAGCACAGCCUUCCGCCCGGCGAUCGCCACUAUCACCCGAGAGGGGGUGCUUGAUGAACCCCCCACUGGCAACUCAUCCUUGGCUUAUCAGCGAUUUCGACUCGGCUCUCGUCUUCUCUCGACUGAAAACUUGGGGGUUCCCGCAACUGUAACUAGGUGUGUCCGAAUUGGCGGUCGCUCUGUUCUAGUAUUACCUGGCAUGCUUGAGUCUUUGGGGGUCUGGACUCCGUGGAGAGCGGAGAUGAUGCAGGCGCGGCGCGAAUGCCAGCCAGUCCGAUGGUGAAACUGAACUUGUGUGACUUGUUCUAGGAUCGUGACUGCUCUAAUAAUUGAUGACCAUUCUGUA